GGCCCGUCCCGCUGCUGUCCCCGCGGGCUCCGGCCGGGCCAUGGCGGAGUCCCCGCAGUCCCCGGCGGCCCCGGGCCCGGCGCUGCCGCUGCGGGCGCGGCUCAGCUUCGCGUGCGGGCACUUCCUGAACGACGCGUGCUCGGCGCUGUGGUUCACCUACCUGCUGCCCUUCCUGCACGCCGUGCUGGGCUACGGGCACGGCGCGGCUGGCGCGCUGCUGCUCGCCGGGCAGGCGGCCGACGGGCUCUGCACGCCCCUGCUCGGCUUCGAGGCCGACCGAGCCCACGGCUGCGGCCGCUACGGGCGCAGGAAGGGCUGGCACCUGGCCGGCACCACCUGUGUCCUCGUGUCCUUUCCCUUUGUCUUUAGCCCCUGCCUGGCCUGCAGGGAGAGCACUCCACAGUGGGCAGCCUUCAUCUACUACCUCCCCUUCAUCGUCAUCUUCCAGUUUGGCUGGGCGGCCACACAGGUGUCCCACCUGGCCCUCAUCCCCGAGCUGGUGAGCAGUGACCAUGGGAAGGUGGAGCUCACGGCUUUCAGGUAUGCCUUCACCGUCAUGGCCAACAUCACUGUCUAUGGCCUGACCUGGCUCCUGCUGAACUUCCAGACGGACCAGCCCGACCACAUGGAGCACCUGGGCCCCCAGGACAUCCCCGUGUUUCGGAACUUGGCCCUCAUCGUGGUGGGGCUGGGGGCCGUGUUCUCCCUCAUCUUCCACCUGGGCACCAAGGAGAAGCCAUACCCACCAAGGGUGCGGCUCGAGCCAGAGGAGAGCACCCCGCUGCUGCACAAGGAACCCCCAGGCCCCUUGCUGCUCUGGAAGGACUGGCUGCUGGAGCCCUCCUUCUACCAGGUCGCGGUGCUUUACAUGGCCACCCGCCUCAUCGUCAACCUGUCCCAGACCUACAUCGCCAUGUACCUGACCAACUCGCUGCUGCUCUCCAAGAAGUACAUUGCCACCAUUCCCCUAGUGAUGUACGUCAGUGGGUUCCUCUCCUCAUUCCUCAUGAAGCCUGUGAACAAAUGGAUCGGUCGGAAUCUGACUUACUUUGUGGGCAUCCUGGUGGUCCUGGCCUUCGCCUCCUGGGUGGCCCUGGCCAGGCCGGUGGGAGAUGAGAUCUACGGGCUGGCCGUGUUGCUCGGGGCCGGCUCAGCCACCAUCCUGGUCACCUCCCUGUCCAUGACUGCAGAUCUCAUCGGCACCAACACGCACAGCAGCGCGUUUGUCUACGGUGCCAUGAGCUUCACGGACAAGAUGGCCAAUGGCCUGGCUGUGAUGGCAAUCCAGAACCUGCACCCCUGCCCGACUGAGCUGUGCUGCCCUGCCUGUGUUGGCUUCUACCGCUGGGUGAUGGUGCUGGUCACCGGCGGCAUCGCCGUUGCCGCUGUUGCCACUCUCUGCUGCAUCAUGGUGUGGCCCAUCCGGAUCCGCUAUGGCCCCAGUGGGGCAGCGGUGGGAGCCCUGUCUUCACUGGGCUGGCUGCGGCCACGCUCGCAGGGGGACCCUCAUGCAGCAGGUGCUGUUGGCCUGCAGGGGCUGAGCAGCGCCAGGACCCCCGAAAGCAGCACCAGGGGCGCUGAGGAAGAGAGCCGGAGCAGCACCAUCAACUGAGCGGAGCCACGUCCUUGACUGUCCUCAGCCACCGUGUCCUUGGCCACCGCGGUGCCACACUCUGAGCCCGGAGGGUCCCCUGCACUGGGGGCCUCUGGGCUCUGGGGAGGGGGUGACCCCCACCCUGUCUCCUUGCACUGGACCCGUGUCCCCAUCCUGGACUCUCGUGUCCCAGACCCCAGCGGGCUGAUGAAGGCUGUCCCUGGUGCGGUGUCACCGGUGCAGGGUCACCUGUCACCUCUCACCUGCACAAUGAACACUAGAAGGGCCCGGGCCGGGCUGGGGCAGCCCCAGCAGAGGUGGGUGCCCGGCCCGAGGUUUUACCUGCUUUUGUAAAUACGUACAAGCGGCACUUUAUAAAGGAGGAGAAAAAUGAGAGAAAACAA